GAGAGACACAAGAAAAUAUAACAGAAGAGUUUAUAAUUGAAGCAAAUGAAGACGAUGAUAAUGUUAUUAUUAUUGGUAGUAAUGAAGAUACGGUACUUGAUAGUUUGUUGCAAAAGCUCAAAGAAUUAUAA